AUGGCUAGCAAGACAAAAUACACCGUAAUAGUUAUAACUAUACUUGGCACGGCGGCUGUUCUAUCGGCUGCUUUGUUCGGCUACAUCGUAUACCAGAAAUGGUUCUAUAAGAAGCCCAGUCAGUUAGAUAGUUUACUUAUAUCUCAGCAAAAUUGUCUUGAAGAGUUAUCCAAUUCGCAUACAUCUCAACAAGAAGAUAUUGAAGAAUUCAAUUCAGAGCCUCUAUCAUUUAAUGCUAUUCUAAAAAACAAGAGUGUAUCUACCAUUCAAGGCAUGAUGAAUGUGGCGGUUGAAAUGGCCUGCGGAGAAGAGGCAUUGUCGAGAUGCGAUGACUAUAUUACGACUCGUUUCAUGCCUUCUAUGGUAUUCGGGCCUCCCAGAGGGGCCGGCCAUCUGAACACUAAGGCUAUUAGGUCAUUCAUUGAACGGCUAAGGGAUCGGAAGAACACAAAAGUUAACUUGGUGCUGACACCUUCUGAAACUUACAACUUACUGUGGGUGAAGAUUAUUGAUAGCUUUGCAGAGCCUUGUGUGUGGCUCGGCCAUUAUCUGACCACGCCGGAGCUGAACUGCCUUAAAGAUGAAAUAGAGAAAUAUGAUCAAACGGACUCCACAACCUGGGAAGACCGUCGCCGUCAAAUUGCCAGACAAUUCAUCCAUAUAAUUGCUGCCCGUACUAAGGUCGGCGAAUUUACCAUUCGUUGCCAGCAGAUCCACUCAAAGUUAGUUGGUUAUAAAAAGCAUCGCCGUUUAGCACCACCCGAUGGCAGCGUUGAUCCAGUUGAAAACAUGCUUUUUAUUAUAGACUUUCUCACUCACUUGGUUCCCACUACACCUAAAAACCGCGAUAAGAUAAACACCUUUUUAAAUGAAACCGAAAAUACUAUUGCAUAUCUUGAAAAUGAUUCUGAUAAAGUCACAACUUAUGACGACUAUAUAGCACACUUUUCCAAGGUUGUCAAAUCGGGUAUAACUAAAGCCAAAGAUAUUCUAACAAUGCUUCUUAGCGUAUAUAAGUUCAUGGGCGUCAUUCAUCAAGUCAUCAAGUUUACACUCAAUCUACCUUGCUCCAACGCCAUCAUAUCGUGCACAAGCUGGAGGCUACCAGAACCAAAACAAACCUUUCAAACCAACCAAGCUAGAAUCAACUCCCUUAUUCAGCGCUACCAAGCGGCAUUGCCGGCCUGGGAUGAUUAUAUUAACCUAAUUGAUAACAACCUUGGUCAAAAUGUGUCUGAUCAAGACAGGGGACUCUAA